AUGGAAGAAAUUUUUACAGGAGGUCCUUGGUAUGUUAAAGGACAUGUGGUGGGUUUGGACAAAUGGUCUCCUAUGUUUUCUCCAACUUCAUUGAAGGGGAUUUCAGCUCCCUUAUGGAUUAGACUACCAAACAUACCUUUGCAAUGUUGGGAUGAUAUCAACAUUUGCAGGACUGCAUCGAAGGUGGGAAAGCCAUACUUGCUUGAUGGGAACAUGUUUCAAUGUGGUAGAAGAGAAUACGCUAGAGUUUGUGUUCGUGUUCCCCUGAAUGAGAAAUUACCCCUGGGGGUAUGGGUGGAAGGAUUAUCUGGUAAAUUUUUUCAGAAAAUCAUAUAUGAAGGCAUUUCAAAGUUAUGUUAUGAAUGUGACUUCAUUGGUCACACCAUAGCAGAAUGUAUGAUCUUUAAAGAAAAGAAGGUAACUUCCAGUGUUGAUCCUGAUUUGGUCAGGAAUGUUCAAGAUCAAUUAAACUCAAGAGAAGAUGGAAGCUCAAGUCAGAAAAUUGAUGAAAAUAGCUAUGGUCCGUGGAUUCAAGUAAAUUAUGAACUCUAUAGUAUUGGAAGAAGUUCAAGCUUUACCAAAUCAAGUGUUGAUCGGGUACAACAGGAAGAAGCAUUGGAUAUAACAAAAAUUGCUGAAAUUGAAAGUGAAAAGGCUCAGGUAUUUAGUUCAAAAAUGAUUGUCCCUAUUAUGAAUAAAUUUGGUAUUCUAUCUGAAAUGGAAGACAAAAUAGCUGAAACAAGCAAUCAAGAGCUGAAGAUGGGAGCUAAAGGCCUUAGUAAGGAUGCUUACCUGGAUACUAAAACUGUGGAGAAAUCUUCUUCAGGAAAGAAAGUAAAGCUGCUCAAAGAAUUGAAGUCUCUGGGGUCAGCCAUGGUGAAGCAUUUGCCCUGUAUAGCUUCGGACCACUGUCCAAUUGUUCUGGAGGUGUUCAAACCGGUGGAGUCUCACUACAAAGGUAUACGGUUUGAAGAUGUGUGGGCAAUCUAUCAUGGGGCUUUUGCUUAUUGUAGAAAGUACAUGGAAUAA